CAGAAACAACAUGAAUAUUGUUAGCUUACAGACUCACAAUAACAAAAUAGUUUCUGUUCCUCUAACUGAUAUUAACUUUGUUUUAAUUUUCUUUUUAGUGUCCGCUUAGGUUUUGGGUAUAAAAAUGUGGUACAGUCACUUUUUUUCACUCUACCACGGUCAGAGGCUAUCGACUGGGCAAAGCUUUUUCAAAUAUUUCACAAGACAGAUUUGGAUGCCUUCAUGUCUGCCAUCCAUUAUCUGCCUAAACUUAAAACGCUGGAACUGGAUGUUGACUUUCUGAAUGAAAGCUUGUCUCUUUGGAGUCUCUCCAUCUGCCAGAAUGUCUCCAGUCUAACAGAACUCAAGAUAAAGGCCAUUAAUUUUUUACUGGAGGAGGGAAUUGAGAUCUUGCAAAGGUCACACACAAGGCCAAACUGCACUUUGAAAAUUAAAGGGUUUAGAUGCAACAAGCAAUCUCAAAAAUGCACACGGGAAAAUCCUGAACUGAGAUGCAACCCAUAUGUGAGGAUUUCUGUGAAUUGUCAGGGUUUUGCUGAUGAUGAUACUUUGACAUGGUAA